AUGAAAAAGAGAGCACGAGUGCAUGUGAAGGCAGGGACAUGUGAGGUGAUCGCCGCCCAUCGCUGCUGCAACAAGAACAAGAUUGAGGAGAGAUCUCAGACUGUCAAAUGUUCCUGCUUCCCUGGACAGGUUGCCGGCACCACACGGGCCAUGCCCUCCUGCGUGGAUGCCUCCAUUGUAGCCCAGAAGUGGUGGUGUCAGAUGCAGCCAUGUAUGGAAGGUGAGGAGUGCAAGGUUCUCCCAGAUCUCACAGGAUGGAGCUGCAGCACAGGCAACAAAGUCAAGACCACAAAGGUGACCCGAUAGUCCUCCCCCUCUCAAAAGAGAAGAACUGGGGGGGAAUGGUGGUGGAGAUACUGACACAGCACAAUGGACCUGUUAGUGGUAAGGAAAUGCACACGACGGCUUCAGUGAGGAACCACUUCUGUUUCAUUUUUCUGAGGAUAUCCAAGAAAUGGAGGCUGAAGAGACAGGACUAUAUUACUGCCGGCCAUCACCAUUGAGCGUCCUUGGUCUUUCAGUGCAGACGUCUGCAUCACCCACAAUCCUUUACUGCUACUACAAACUUCAACAAAGUGAACUAUGACCUUAACAACACUGGAUAAGAUGAUUAAAAAAAAGACAACAACUUUCUUUACAAUACUCUGUAGUCCUCAUCUCUCUUCUAUGGCUUAGUUGUGUUCCAUAUGCAUACUGGGAAUAAAGGGGAUGUGGAUGUUUGACAAAUAUCCUGUACGACAAACAUGGUGACAAAAAAAAUCCAGAAUGGCUGCCUCAUUUAUUAGUCUGGUUGACAUACACACAUUUUACUGUGCCACAUGUGACACACUUGCUGCUGUCAAAUUGUUUCUCAGACCUGAACCUUUUCUUUUCUCUGAUUUCACCUCCAUACUGAUAUUUUACCUUGAACCUUAUGAACACACACCAUUUCUUUUUUUUUUUUCUUUUCAAAUGAG